AUGGUCGGUCCCUUUCGGAAAGCACCUAGGGGAUACAACCACCUUCUCGUGGCGGUGGACAAGUUGUCCAAGUGGAUUGAGGUGAAGCCAGUCACCCAAAUCCACUUUGAGGACACGGUCGAAUUCUUCCUCGACAUAGUCUACUGCUUUGGGGUUGGCUGGGCCUCGGUCACGCAUGCCCGGACCAACGAGCAGAUUGAGCACGCCAACGGCAUCGUCCUGCACGGCCUGAAGCCGUGCUUCUUCAACUGCCUCAACAAGUUUGCGGGGUGCUUGGCUAGCAAGGUGCCAGCAGUGCUAUGGAGCUUGCGCACCAGGACGAACCGAUCCACAGGGUUCACCCCCUUCUUCAUGGUGUACAACACCGAGGCCAGGCUCUCGACAGGCCUCAACUAUGAUGCACCAAGGGUGCAGGCAUACGACGAGAGCAGGUCAGAGGAGUCACACCAGGAUGCGCUCGACCAGCUCGAUGAGGCGCACGACAUGGCGCUCGUCCGAUCUGCCAAGUACCGGUAG